CGGCGCGGAACGGAGAGGCGGGGCAGAAAAAGAGGGCUGCAAGCGGGUCGCGAGGGCGGUGCAAGAAAGAGAGAAAAAAAAAGGGCAAAGAGAGGGAGGGAGUGUCUGCACCCCGGUUUGAACGCCGGUAAUUAGUGACGUGCCUCCCCUGCGAGCUGAGCAGUCGCUGCUGAAAGAGCAGCCCGGUGGAGGAGGAUGAAACACCGGGGCGAUGAGGAGCGGAGAGGCCGGACGACAGAGACUCUUCUGCCGCAGAGGAAACCCAGAUUAGGCUGAUUUGACAAACAGCUCCACCGGUAUCCCCCCGGGGCGCACACCGCGUCACGUCUUUCUUGAGACUCCCACAAACCCCCAUAACCCACCCAGCAGCUCGACCACCCAGCAGGUUGUUUGGCGAGGAGUCGGGGAUGUAUAGGGCGGAGCUGGACGCACCGGCAGCCGGCCGGGUCUUUGGUUUGACUGCGUCUUAGAUGAUCUCCGUCAUCACUGGGUCGAUCCCCCCUCUUUAGGUAUGUACAGCCUGGCUUCAGUGCAACUAAAAUGUGUCUUCCCUGCAACCUGUCCGAGUGCACAGUCUCCAGUACUCAGAUUGUAAGUAAUUUAUAGGAAGAAGUCUAAUUCUGUUUUACUUUGGUUCUGCGUUUUUCACUGUUGCGCACAGGUCCAUGCAGUUUGCAGGAGGCAUUUAGCGCAGCAGGGCAGUGGCUAUUAAAUGUAAAGUAGGCUAUCAGUUUGCUCUCUAACCGCAGAGCAGAGAAAUGCUGGUUCAUUUAGCAGCUCCUGUCCUUUGCGCUAUUCCAGCGGAUGAGAGAACCCCGGAGGAAGCGGCACACCUGUGACCGGAGGAAAGUUGGAUUCUCUCCGGCUGGUGACCUCCUGCUCUGGGGGGCAAACCCUCCAACCUCCAGGCGUCUCCUUCUCCCCCCCUUGUCCAGGCCAAGAGCUUACGGAGCCCUCUGAUGCAGCCCGCAGCUCCUGAUGCUCGGCAGUGCUCCGGGGCUUUCCGGUCGGUGGGAGAGGCUCGAACCGCGGCCGCGCGCUAGGAUGCUGCGCCAGGUGUUGCACGCGGGCCUAAGGACCUCCUUCCACGCGCUGGGCCGGUUCGUGGCGAGCCACCCGGUGUUCUUCGCCUCGGCGCCAGUGCUCCUGUCCAUCCUGCUAGGGGCCAGCUUCAGCCGGUACCGCGUGGAGGAGGACGUGGAGAGCCUGCUCGCGCCCAAGCACAGCCUGGCCAAAAUAGAAGGCAACCUGGUGGACAGCCUGUUCCCCGUGAACCGGUCCAAGCACGCGCUUUACUCCGACCUGCAGACCCCAGGACGCUACGGGCGCGUGAUCGUCACCACUCGGAAGGGGAGCGUGCUGGACCCGGUUCAUCUGGACACUAUACUGAAGCUCCACAGGCAGAUCUAUCAGUUGCAAGUUACAGUCCCAGCCACAGGCCUCAACAGCUUCAACUACUCCUUCUCCUACCUCUGUCUGCCUGACGACAAAAACGUAUGCAUCAUCGAUGACAUCAUCCGCGCCAUGGAGGAGAUCCAGUCGGGUCGCAACGCCAACCGCACCGUCCCCAUUCUACGCUACCCGAUCACGGAGCUGUCAGACGGACGGCAGGCGUACAUCGGCCACCAGCUGGGAGGAGUACAGGGUUGGGGUCCCGGUGGGGCUGUGCGUGGCCCGGGAGUUGGAGGUAGGGGGGAAGGCGUUCGUUCAGCCAGGGCGUUACAGCUCACCUACUACCUCCAAGCCCGUGGCGGUUUGAUGGAUCGUGUCGCCAACGAAUGGGAAAAGGCCUUCUGUGCUGAGCUGCAGAUGUUUGCAGCAUUGCACCCCAAACUGGGACUGUACCCUUCCACUUCAUCAUCUCUAAGAACAGACUUCCAGUUCUCCUCGGUUCUGGCACGGCGCCCCCUGUUGGCCAGCUUGGGGGCGUGUGGUGUGCUGGCCAUUCUCUGCUGCUCUAUGAGGGACUGUGUGAGGUCGAAACCUUGGUUGGGACUGUUAGCUCUGCUGUCAAUCACGCUGUCAGGCCUCACUGCUGCUGGGAUACUCAACCUGACCGGGGCCACCUACAACUCUUCGUACUUGGGAAUCCCCUUUGUGAUGCUUGGUCACGGACUCUUCGGCUCCUUUGAGAUCCUCUCAUCAUGGAGACGGACCCGGGAGGACCAGCACGUGAAGGAGCGCGUGGCGAGCGUCUUUGAGGACGUCAUGCUGCGUUUCUCCGGCUCCACCAUGCUCCACCUGAUGACCCUCGGCCUCGCUGCUUCCCCGCUCACAAACAUGGAGGCCGUCCGCCUCUUCUGCCGCACCGCCGCCUUGGCUGUCACCAUCAGCUACGUUUACAUGUUGUCCUUCUACAGCUCCUGCUUGGUGUUCACGGGGUACCUCGAGACGGGGUACAGGCACGGUUGCUUCUGCAGGAGGGUCCCCAAACCAGACAGACUGGACUCUAAACCGGCCUGGUACAGGUGUUUGAUGUACACUCGCUACCAGGACGAGACUCAAACUACAAACCCCCCACAUGGAGUCAGUCACGCACACGCUAACACACCAAACCCUAACCUCGCACACACACAUACACACACACACCCACAUACAGUGAACAAUCCUGCCGUGCAUGGACACGGCCAUGUGGGGAACUCCACAAACACACACCAACACACAAAUUCUUCACCUCACACGGACCUUCAUCCUCAGGACUCGCACCUUUUGUUGGGGUGUGUGAGGCGAUGCUACGGAGACUGGAUCACUAACACCUAUGUCAAACCCUUUGUGGUUCUGCUGUACCUGGUUUACAUCUCUUUUGGACUGAUGGGCUUCCUGCAGGUGACCCAGGGUUCAGACCCCAGCGCUCUGGUUGCGAUGGAUACAGCGACAGUAUUGUACACCCGUGCCCAGCAGCGUUACUUCAGCUCCUACUCCCCCGUCAUUGGAUUUUACAUCUAUGAAAGCGCCCCCUACUGGAACGCCUCGGUGCAGCGGGACCUGCUAGAAUACGCCAAAGGCUUCCAGCGCAUCAGCUGGCUGGAAGCGUACCUGAACUAUCUAUCAGACCGCAACCAGUCCACCAGCCAGCCACGGGAGAACUUCACCCGCACACUUCGCCACUCUUUCCUCCGAGAGCCGCAGUUUGCUCACUUCGCCGACGACAUCAUAUUUGCAGAGCGAGGUCAGGGGGAGGAGCCUGACGUGGCGGCGUCGAGGAUCUUCCUUGUUGCAAAGACGACGGAGAACAAGCGGGAGGAGAUGUCAGUGCUGCUGGACACGCUGAGGCGCUUGUCUCUGACUUCAAGGGUCCGGUUCUUGAUCUUCAACCCCUCCUUUGUUUACCUGGACCGCUACGCCGCAGCGGUCAGCUCCCCCCUCAGACACUCACUGCUGGCAGUGCUCUUCCUGUUGGGUCUGUCCUCGCUGGCGGUGGUCGAGCCGCUUGUCUCCGUGUGGCUCGGCCUCACCCUGCUAUCUGUGCAGUUCGGGGUCCUCGGCUUCAUGACCUUAUGGGGGGUGGAGCUUGACUGCAUGUCAGUGUUGUGUCUCAUAUCAGCCUUGGGGCACUCGGCAGACUGCAGCGGCCCCCUUCUCUGUGGUUUCGCCUCAGGUCGGGGUGACAGCCGGACUCGCUGGGUGAGAGUGGCGUUAGAGAGACACGGGGUCCCCUCUCUACAGACGCUCAUCUGCUACAGCGCCGCCCUAGUGCCUGUCGGCUCUGUACGCUCCAACCUCACACGCACACUUUUCCGCUGCCUCACCCUCACGGCCGGCUGCUCGGCUCUGCACACGCUCGCCUUCCUCCCCACCCUCCUCACCUUCCUGCCGCCCUCCAAGAGCCGGGGACACGGGCCUGAAGGGGAGGGGCAGAGGCAGGAAGUGGAGUGUGUCGAAAUGAAUGACAGCACCCGAGUGGUGGAUCAGAUCACCACUGUCUGAGCACAGGAUGAUGAUGUGGAAAAGAGGCCUUUUGGAUCAGCAGAAAAAAGAUAGCUGAUAUGAAACACUGAAGAAAGGCAGGGUGUCCUUGAGUGGAAGAAAGAAGGAAGGAUGAUAGAGGUAGAAAGUGGAAACAGAUUUGAACAAGUCGAUGAAGGUGUGAGGCUGUUAAUGAAAAACAGAGUAAAGAUGAGGUUUCCAAUGCAGUGUAUCCAUGGUUACCUGCUUGUUGCUGGUGCUGCGUGGCAUAUCAAUGAGCUCCUUCCCGAAACAGCUGAUCAGAUUGAAGGGUCAGCUGAGGUCAGGCCUGGAGGUGAAGUGCCACAUUUUUCACUAAAACUUGCUUUAGAUCUGGUCACAUUGUUUUGCUACCGCUUUCUGUUCGACAUAGCAAGUUGCACAAAAUACAGCUACAACGACCCGAGGCAAUCAUCUGUAUGACUUGAGUAUUUCUACUUUAAAUGCUGGAUAAAUAAAGUCAAAUUAAGAAAAGAUA